AUGGCCGUCCCUCGCGACCCGAACUUCUGGAAACGUUUCAGCUACGCAGUACACCAAGACGAAGAAGCACAGUUAAAUCAAAAAUCAGAAACCUGGCUCAACAGCACCCGCCGCAAAAAACACCACUCCUACGCCCGCAUCUGUUGCCUCUUCUGGAUUCUUCUCAUUUGCAUCAUAGCAAUCAUCGUAGUCGUCUUGUUAAUACUCGUAAAGACGCAUACAUUCCAAAAAAUACACAUAGGCGGGGAUGGUCAUGAUUUGGACAACAGUGUACAAAAUUGGUUAAACCGGUUAUUUGGGACAGGUGGAAAAGGGAAGGAGGGGAAUGAUGGGUCGUGA